AUGGCACGCCAUCAAAGGUAUCCGGCAAGAGAAGUCGAUGCCGGCUAUCCCCCUUACGACGAGCCACCGCGACGUGUUGCCGACCCCUAUGAUCCUUAUCCGCCGCCACGUUACGCCGAGAGGCAACGCCGACAAGAACCCAGUUAUCACGAUGAUAGGUUCUCUCGAGACUAUCCUUCUGGCUCAACGCGACGCAACUCCAGAGAUGUUCCUUUUGAACGCCACCAACACGAUGUACGGCCUGUCCGCGGCGCCUCCGAGAUGAGGCCUAGUCGCGGUGGCUUCAACAACUCUCCCGAGCCCGCCCCAAAGUCCAGGCGCGGCCGUAGCGAAGCACCACGAUCCUCACACGCGCCAAGAUCAGAGUCUCCUGAGGCAUAUCGGCACCGAGCCACCCACAGCCGCCCAGCAUAUGAUCGAGACGAUGACGCAUACAGGAGGAAUACCAGAGCCAGAGCAGGGUCUCUGGAUCAAGGAUACGGCCCAGCCUCCAGCCGCGAACGUCAGAAAUACCCCCCACGCGCCGCUGACACACGCCACUCUCGUUAUCCGGCCUAUGGCCCCAGCCAUCCCGAUGAUGCUGGCGAGGAUGACUUUCGCCGCCCAACAAGAGCGCGCACUCAGCCCAUCCCUCCUCCACCACAGCAUCACGAACGCCGCGCGGAGCCCGACUCGCACUAUCCGACCCGUGGUCGUGCUCGCAACAUGUCCCGUGGGCCCGACCAUGAUCCUUACCAUGAGGCUCCCUCUCAUGCCCCGCCUCGUUCCCGCUCUGUUCCAAGCAAGCCCACAACCCCCGAGCCCGCAGCAGGCGCCGCUCCAAAGCGAGAAAGGCCGCCGGCUACGCCGCCAUAG